AUGGGAGAUUCACAGAGUGAGCAUCAGCGGAUGUUACGACGCCACAGCCGCGAGAAGACAGAGCUGCAGGCCCACAUUCAGGGCAUGAAGAGCUCGAUCCCCAAGAGCGACAAGCAGAGAAGAAAGCAGUUGCUCCUCGAUGUGGCUCGCCUCGAGGCCGAGAUGGAGCAGAAGCACCAGCAGGAGCUGGAGAAGUUCCAGGAGAGUUUCCCUGAUAACAGCAGCCUCGAUUCUGUCACUGAAGAUCUGGCCAAGCUGGAUCUCGAGAACAAGCCUCCUCACCUCUGGAGGGCACAGAGAAAGCACAAAAGAAAGGAGGCCUUCAAUAGAGAAAGCCAGGAUUGGAUGGACAAGGCUGAGAUGGAGCAUCUGGACAGCUUGCGCCAUGACGAGGAAAUGAAGCUCGGCGCCAUCCUGCGGGCCAAGCAUCUGGAGGUGAAGGAUAUCCCGGCCGACGACCACUGCAUGUACCGCGCCAUCCAAGACCAGCUGGUGUUCUCCGUGACCGUGGGGAGCCUGCGGAGGCGCACCGCCGAGUACAUGCGGCAGCAUGUCGACGACUUCCUGCCCUUCUUCAGCAACCCCGAAACCGGCGACGCCUGCAGCCGCGACGACUUCUUGAGCUACUGCGACGACAUCGUGUUCAGCGCGUCGUGUGGAAGCCAGCUCGAGCUGAGGGCCCUGUCGCACGUCCUGCAGACCCCCAUCGAGGUGAUCCAGGCCAACUCGCCCGCCGUCGUCAUCGGAGAGGAGUACACCAAGAAGCCGCUCACCCUGGUCUGCAAGCAGUACUCCUACAGCAGCGCGGAGCACUACAACUCGGUGAAGCCACUCGACACCGGCUCCGGCGGGAGCGUGGCCCGGCGUCUCAUCUAG